AUGACUGCACGGUUACCUCAAAUAGAAAAAGUCAAAGCUGCUUUUGUUGUGGCUGUUGUAGCUUGCGCCUUUGCAUGCUAUUAUUUCAUUAAAAGCAGCAGAAGAUUAGGGACGCAAAAUGUUCCAGGACAACAGCAAAGUCAGUCGAUUCCAAACUCUGAAUCGUUAACUGCUACGAAGUCACCACAAUCAACUUCAUCUCAGGUUGAUGAGUUAAGAGCAAUUCUUCAAGAGAAAGAUGAAAACGAGUUAAAGGGCGAAAUACGUUUGGCUGUGCCAGUAAAAAAGAAGAGAAAAUCCAAGAAAAAGAAAAAGAAAUCCUCUUCAAAGCUUUCUGCUGGCGAGGUGAGUAAUGAAUCGUCACCUGCUGAAAAAUUGACCACUGAAAGUGUUCCACUUGGCGAACAAGUAGUUGUGGAAAAUAAGGUUGCACCGCUUGAAAUGAAAAAGUUAGAAACAUCUAAGGUAACAACACCGAUGAGCAGUAACGAAAGAGGAAAGCAAGCUAAGCCAGAAAAUGAUGUUAAGACAGCAGCAUUGCUCAUUACUUCAGUAUCAUCAUCAGGAAACGAUGAUGUAGAAAAAAAGAAAAGAAAAAGGAGGAAAAGCAAUGGAAAGAAUAUGAAAGAGCGCAGUCGAUUGCUUCAAGUUUUACAUUGUUUGGAAGUGGUUUUAAGAAGUCAACUAGAGUGGUACUAUUCUUUUCGUAUUUCGGAAAUGCGAGAAAGAGGAUUUCAGAUUUCGAUUCUUGUUGCGCUGUUGUUACUGACUGUUAUUACAAAAGCAGAAAAUCCAGGUGACAAAACUUUAGGAAAACGUGACACGAAUGAGUCCUCAAACACAGAAAAUACUACUCAGUUGAUAAAUAAAGCAGAGAAAAUUAAGAUCGAAGAAGCGGAUACAGCAAAGGUACAAGCAACGGAGAGAGCAGAAAUCGAUGUGGCGGAUGCAGAAGACAUGGAAGAAGCGGAAGCAACACAUGCUCAAGCAGCGGAUGCGGAACAAUUCAAAGAAACAAUGAAUACAGUGGAAGAUGGGAAAAUUGCAGAGAAAAAAACCAGCGCUCAAGAAAAUGGACCAGAAGUUGAUGAAAAUAAUGAUGAUUUGUUCACGAUGGAACAUCUCGGACUAGACAUUCCGGUGAAAUCAGCUGUUGAGGCAUUAAAUAUGGAUGUGCUGAAACAAAUGCUACUAAAGAAGUUGACGGAGAAACUUGGCAAAUAUGCAAAAAGCAAUGAACGUAAGAAAAAAAUAUCUUAA